AUGAGGGGUGGUAGUCCCUUGAUUUGUGGUAGAUUUCGUAGUGGCAAAACGUUGGUCCAUGUUGCUGUGGAUCCAAUUCUCCUAAACGUUUUCCGAACUCGGAGUGAAAUGUUGACAACUGUGGCUAACGAAUUGGAUCUAGGAAAGACAGUGCAGGGUAUUACCCUUUUACAGGCUCUUCCAGUGUUGUGA